GUCAGGGGGCUUUGCCGUCCUGUCCAGCUGGCACGGCGGCCGUGCACGUCACGACCUUUGCCAGUCAGAUGGACGUGGGGAUGUCCACGUUCUUCGCAUCCACAUCUGCGACGGUUGGCCAGGUGACACUUCUGGACUACGGCCUGGGUGCCAGUUGGGGGAACCUCACCAUCCGGCUCCACGCACUCGAUCAAUACCUGGCUCAGAUGCUGCCUGCGCAGCAGUGCGACCUGGUUCUGCUUGUGGACUGCUAUGAUAGCGUUAUCAUCGGCAAAGCAGAUGACAUCCGCCAGCGUCUUGAGCGUUUGGAGGCCGCUUCUGGGCGGGCUGUCUUCUUUGGAGCAGAGACCUGGAAGGGAGACCUAGUGGAAGUGGCUUGUCAGAGGUCAAGACUCGUCACAUUUUCUGGAAUGUUUCGGCUCCGCGUAAUCAAAUAUUUGGGUUGA